CAUUGUUGGGGGUCAAAAAUCGAUACCCCAAAGUAUGGCGCUUUGACCUGCUGAACUGAGCAAGAAGCCUCCAGGUCUCUCUGACCUUCCCCUGCCUCCUGCCUCUCCAUCCUUCGUCUCUCCCUAAGCUCAGGAUGAAGUUCUCUCGCAAAUCUGCCUAAAGCCUGGACUCACCAAGGAAGAAAGCAAUUGAUCUUUCAUCCAGGCCGCCAACAUGCCAUCCAGACUGAGGAAGACCUGGCAACUUCGGGGCCACGUGAGCCACGGCCACGGCCGCACAGGGAAGCACCAAAAACACCCCAGAGGCCACGGUAAUGCUGGUGGUCUGCAUCACCACAGGCUCAGCUUCGACAAAUACCAGCCAGGCUACUUUGGGAAAGUCGGUAUGAGGCAUUACCACUUAAAGAGGAACCAGAGCUUCUGCCCACCUGUCAGCCUUGACAAACUGUGGACUUUGGUGAGUGAGCAGACAUGGGUGAAUGCUGCUAAAAACCAGACUGGGGCUGCGCCCAUCAUUGAUGUGGUGCGAUUGGGCUACUGCAAAGUUCUGGGAAAGGAAAAGCUCCCAAAGCAGCCUGUCGUCGUGAAGGCCAAAUUCUUCAGCAGAAGAGCUGAGGAGAAGAUUUAAGGGAGUCGGGGGUCCUGUGUCCUGGUGGCUUGAAGCCACAUGGAGGGAGGUUCAUUAAAUGCUAACUACUUUUAAAAGAAGAAGAAGAAGAAAGUAAUUACUUCUGGUCCCUUCCUUGACUGAACUCAUGUCGCAGAAAGACUGAAAUCUGUGAACACACCUGGACAGACUUUUGUCACAAACCAUUGUCGGCUCUGUGGGUUCAGCAGACUUUGUCCUUCAAACAGACGUUGUUCUUCAAGCCCAUUGAAUUCCCCUAAAAAUCCCUUACUAUCCCCGCUAAAAUUAUCCACGAUUCUUUGUCUCCCUUCCCCACUAAGAAGAAGGGAAUGUAACUAUCUGUGCCCCAUUGUGGGGUUGGGCAAUCAUUCUGUGGUUUUUUCCCAUGCAGGCUAAUAAG